GGGAGGAAGGGGGAAAAGUGAGAGAAGCAAGAUGAGAAAGGGGUGUUGAAGGGAGAGAUGAAGGCAGGAGGAAAGGAGUGUUAGAGGUGGUGGCGAGCUUCUGGCGACCGCCCGCCCGCGCUCCGGACCCAGCCGGGCGCGGCCCCCGAGCCCCGCGGCGAGCAGCCCAGCCCGCGGCCCCGAGAGCAGCCCGGACGCGACUCUCCGCCCGGCAGCGACCGGCGCUCCGCGCGGUGACCCCCGCCCGCGCACCCCCGGACCUGGAGCGCCGCCUUCCCGGCUCCGGACUGCUGCGGGCCAGCGCUCCCGGUUCUUCAAGCCAAUAAGGUUGUGGAUUUUCUAUUGGAGUUUUAGCUACCCUACAUGAUGAAGACCUGUGCUUGUCAUCAGUUGAAAAGUCGUAUAUAUGGGAAGCCCACUCCGUGUGAUUCCAUUCUACAAAGCACUGAUUUGUCUCCAAUAUCUGUCUACUUUUGGACACUAUCUAGUGCUUUCAGGUAUCCAUUUUUUCAGCUAUAUUGAUCUUUUAAAGCAAACCCCCCCCCAAAAAAAUGGAUUUCUUAAAUUCAUCUGGCCAAAACUUGACCUCAGAAGAACUGUUAAACAGAAUGCCAUCCAAAAUUCUGGUGUCCCUCACUCUCUCCGGGCUGGCACUGAUGACAACGACCAUCAACUCCCUUGUGAUUGCCGCAAUUAUCGUGACCCGGAAGCUGCACCACCCAGCCAACUAUUUAAUUUGCUCCCUUGCGGUCACAGAUUUUCUUGUUGCUGUCCUGGUGAUGCCUUUCAGCAUUGUGUAUAUUGUGAGAGAGAGCUGGAUUAUGGGGCAGGUGGUCUGUGACAUCUGGCUGAGCAUUGACAUCACGUGCUGCACGUGUUCCAUCCUACAUCUGUCUGCAAUCGCUUUGGAUCGGUACCGGGCAAUCACAGAUGCUGUGGAGUACUCCAGGAAGAGGACUCCCAAGCAGGCUGGCAUUAUGAUUACAAUUGUUUGGAUUAUAUCAAUUUUUAUCUCGAUGCCUCCUUUAUUCUGGAGGCAUCAAGGAACCAGCCGGGAUGAUGAGUGCAUCAUCAAACACGACCACAUUGUUUCCACUAUUUACUCAACAUUUGGAGCCUUCUACAUCCCAUUAACUUUGAUUUUGAUCCUCUACUACAAAAUAUAUAAAGCAGCAAAAACGUUAUACCACAAGAGACAAGCAAGUAGGAUUGCCAAGGAGGAGGUGAAUGGCCAAGUCCUCCUGGGGGGUGGUGAGAAAAGCACUAGACUAGUCUCCACACCCUACAUGCUAGAAAAAUCUUUCUCUGAUCCAUCAACAGACUUUGAUAAAAUUCAUAGCACGAUGAAAAGCCCCAGGUCUGAGUUCAAGCAUGAGAAAUCUUGGAGAAGACAAAAGAUCUCAGGCACAAGAGAACGCAAAGCAGCCACUACCCUGGGAUUAAUCUUGGGUGCAUUUGUAAUAUGUUGGCUGCCUUUCUUUGUUAAGGAAUUGGUUGUUAAUGUCUGUGAAAAGUGUAAAAUUUCUGAAGAAAUGUCAAAUUUUUUGACAUGGCUUGGAUAUCUCAAUUCCCUUAUAAAUCCACUGAUUUAUACGAUCUUUAAUGAAGACUUCAAGAAAGCAUUCCAAAAGCUUGUACGAUGCCGAUGUUAA